GAGAGAGGGAGAGCAUUUCCAUGCGUGAGAGUUCAAACGUUUUGGGAACACCAACGUAACGAAUUAAAAACAGAAGGACAAAUCACAUGGGACUAAACACAACACACACACAAGCGAGAGAGAAAGGGCAGCUUAAUCUCAACAAUUUCUCACACCCGUUACGCUAAUUAGGGUUCUUAAUUCCCUGAUCCCCCAUCUCUCCAUAGCUCCCAUAACUCUGUUUUCCCUCUGUUUCUGCAACAAAACCCAUCUGGGUCGGUUUUGUUUCUGGAAAUUGUGAGGUGGGUGCGAUAGGAGUUUUUGUGGGUGCGUUUGUGAUCUGGAUCUCUUUUAAUUGAGUGAUCUGGGUCUGAGAUGGAGGAGUCUUGGCUGUGCCAGUGGAGCGUCAUUAGAUCUCUCCUCGCAAUUCUUCAGUGGUGGGGUUUUAAUGUCACCGUAAUUGUCAUGAACAAGUGGAUCUUUCAGAAACUGGAUUUUAAGUUUCCCCUAACGGUGUCAUGCAUUCAUUUCAUAUGCUCGGCCAUUGGAGCAUACAUCGUAAUCAAGGUUUUGAAACUUAAACCACUAAUAACAGUUGACCCUGAAGAUCGCUGGAGAAGAAUAUUUCCCAUGUCAUUUGUGUUCUGUAUUAACAUAGUGUUGGGCAAUGUGAGCUUACGUUACAUUCCAGUUUCCUUUAUGCAGACCAUAAAGUCGUUCACUCCUGCAACAACAGUUGUUUUGCAGUGGCUGGUAUGGAGAAAGUACUUUGAUUGGAGAAUUUGGUGUUCUUUGAUACCCAUUGUUGGAGGAAUUCUACUUACCUCUGCUACAGAGCUUAGUUUCAAUAUGUUUGGAUUUUGUGCUGCCUUAUUUGGUUGUCUCGCUACUUCCACAAAGACGAUCCUUGCAGAAUCUCUUUUGCAUGGAUACAAAUUUGACAGCAUAAACACGGUGUACUACAUGGCACCUUUUGCGACUAUGAUCUUGGCUGUACCUGCAAUGCUACUCGAAGGUAAUGGGGUUAUUGAAUGGCUUCACACCCAUCAGACUCUUGUUCCAUCCCUCGUCAUCAUUUUCAGCUCCGGGGUAUUGGCGUUUUGUCUCAACUUCUCCAUAUUUUACGUGAUUCAUUCUACAACCGCCGUAACAUUCAAUGUUGCUGGAAACCUCAAGGUAGCUGUUGCCGUCCUUGUGUCAUGGAUGAUAUUCAAAAACCCAAUUCCAGCUUUGAACGCCGUUGGUUGUGGAAUAACGCUUUUGGGAUGUACAUUCUAUGGGUACGUGAGGCACCUGAUCUCCCAACAGCUGCCUGGAACUCCUCGAACGCCACGGACUCCACGGGGUCGUAUGGAGCUGCUUCCCCUCGUAAAUGAUAAAUUAGAUGACAAGGUCUAGUGGUUCAGUCCACGUGAUUGAGAUUGCUGGGAGCCGGAAAAUGAUUUAUAGGAAACACAAAGAACUUACUAUUCACUUCUAGUCUAUGUAAUUCUGCUUCAUAUCACUUGAAUUUUUUUUUUAAUAUAUGGUUCUGUUUUUCCACAACCUCCGCCACCCCGGUUCAAAAUUAUUUCGUGUUUAGAUUGAUAAAAUGCAAUGGAAUAAAGUAGUGUUAUAGUUAUAAUGCUAUAUGUUAUAUAUAUUUUGUGAUAA